AUGCGGAUCCAACUCUACGGCUGCGACUAUCAUGCCAUUCCCUUGCAUUUUGACGGCCAAUCACUGAUUCUAAUGGAUCUGAAGAAGCGACCCAUCGAUUCCUCGUACGACGACGUCUUUCGGUUCCGGUUCCGUACGAACGCCGCCAAUGGGAACAUCCUAUACAGUCGGGGCACUCAGGGAGACUUCAUGGCUCUUCAGUUAGUCAAUAAUAAGAUGGUUUUCUCUGUGGAUUUGGGCGGUGGAGGGCUUAUCGAGUCGGUGUCCGCCGGGAGUCUACUCGACGACAAUCUAUGGCACGAUGUGUUGAUCUCGCGAAGGGGUCGCGACGUACUGUUCAGCGUCGACCGCGUCUUAGUGCGACAUUUCCUCAAAAGCGAUUAUCUGCGCCUUAAUCUCAAUCACGACCUCUUCAUCGGCGGUAUUCCCAUCAAAAUAGACAACCCGUUGAACACCAGAGAGAACUUUAGCGGUUGUAUAGAGAAUCUGACCUUCAAUUCGACAAACAUUGCAUAUGAGAUACAAAUGGAUGACCGGAACUUCGUUUAUGGAAAACUCGGACAAAUCCAGUACUCGUGUCUCUUUCCACAAGUGGUUCCCAUAACGUUCAAUACCGGCGAGUCUUACAUCAAAGUCGAAGGAUUUAUGGUUCCCUUUAUGAACACCAGUUUCGACUUUCGUACCUUCAAUGAGGACGGCCUACUCCUGUACCACAAGUUCUCGAGCGCCGGCUUUGUGCAGCUAUUCCUAGAAAAAGGCAAAAUAGUGAUCAAAUUCCAGGGCUCUAACACACCGGUUGUCCAGUUGGAACCGUUCGACCAGAAACUGAAUGAGGGUUCGUGGCAUUCUGUGGUUCUGGUGCUCCAGACCAACCGAAUCAUACUGUCCGUCGAUCACAUCCCCAGCAUUACCACCCGUUCCUUCGAGAUGUUUACGGGACAGACGUAUUUGAUCGGCGGUGGCUAUCACGGAAUGGUCGGCUUUAUUGGUUGCAUGCGCUGGAUAUACGUUGAGGGCCGGUAUGUCAAUGUGGAGACACUGCCGCCCGAAAAGGUCGUCAAAAUACAGGACAACGACAUAACGAUCAAAGCGUGUCAGAUGAUAGACCGGUGCCACCCGAACCCCUGCGAACACGGGGGUGUCUGCCGACAGGAUAACAUCGACUUCUACUGUGACUGCGCGCUCACCGGCUAUUUGGGAGGCGUGUGUCACGUGCCCCGACACCCGCUGUCGUGUUCGGCCUAUAAAAUAGAUAAUCCGAAGUCAAGGAAAGCCGAUGUAAUGCUGGACGUGGACGGGAGCGGACCUAUGGAGCCGUUUUGGGCCACAUGUCUGUUCCCCACCGAAGAUCAGUCGCAGAUCAUUAUCCAUCACCGCAACGAAGAGCCCACAGAAGUGCGUGGAUUUCAUUUGCCCGGCUCUUACAUACAAGAUAUCAAAUAUGACGCACCCUUUGAACAAAUCGUCGAAGUGGUGAACCGAUCCAACUCUUGCUCACAGAAGUUGAAAUACGAGUGCCUUAACGCCCGACUACUUAAUACACCCGCUCCAUUGGGACAGGAGUUGCAGCCAUUCUCGUGGUGGGUGUCACGCAAUAACCAGAAAAUGGAUUACUGGGGCGGAGGUCUGCCCGGCUCUCGCAAAUGUCAGUGCGGUCUAUACGGCACGUGUCGAGACCCCCGAAAGUGGUGCAACUGUGACGCCGCCACUGAACUACUCAAUCAGAACGAGUUUGCCGUCGAUGAGGGAGACCUAACCCAACGGGAAUACCUGCCGGUGCGACAGUUACGGUUUGGAGACACUGGAGGUUCGGCACAAUCGCGACGUAUCGGUCGAUACACAUUAGGUCCGCUCAUAUGCGAAGGCGACACACUUUUCGACGAUAUCGUCACCUUUCGCUACGAAGACGCCACCAUCGAGUUGUCGCCCUUCGACAUGGGCUCAGCCGUCGACAUAUACUUACAGUUCAAGACCACCGCUGAGUUCGGCGUUCUGUUCCACAAUAGAGGUCCCGAAGACUUCAUUAAGUUGUCGAUCGUUAACGGAAAGACCAUUCAGUUCUCGUAUUCGGCCGGAAAUGGAUUACAACAGGUGUCCGUUGAGGCCUCGUAUCGUCUGAACGACAAUAACUGGCACUCAGUCUUAGUCGAGAAGAACAAAAAGGAGGCGCGACUUGUCAUCGAUGGUCAGCUCACUAACGAACAACGUAUUACACAAGGUUUGGUCCGUCCAUUACACCUGACCUCCCAUUUCGUGAUCGGCGCCACCGUUGAGUACAGGGAGGGAUACGUCGGGUGUCUGCGAUCGCUGCUAAUCAACGGUGAAGCCAUCAAUUUGGGCCGAUAUGCGCUCGAAGGCAUGUAUGGCAUCAGUAAGGGAUGUGUUGGCAAAUGCGAGUCCAAUCCGUGCCUAAACAAUGGCACCUGUAUUGACCACUACAACGGCUAUACCUGUGAUUGUCAGUGGACGGCAUUCAAGGGACCCAUUUGUGCCGAUGAGAUCGGAGUGAAUCUCAGAUCAGAUCUCUAUAUUAGAUAUGAUUUCGAGACCUCUAUUUCAACUCUCGAAGAAUAUAUUAGAGUCGGUUUCACGACCACAGAGCACAGGGGUCUCAUUCUCGGCAUAUCCUCGUUUACCGAUGAAUAUCUCAAUCUAAUGAUGUCUAACAGCGGGCAUUUAAGACUCGUUUUCGACUUCGGUUUCGAACGACACGAGAUUAUCAUCAAAGAGGAGAACUUUGCUUUAGGACAACACCACGACAUCACUAUUAGGCGUUCCAAUAGGGGCGCAAAGAUUACUGUUUGGGUUGACAACUAUGAGCCCAAAAUCUACACGUUUAGAGUUAGUGGUAAAGCAGACGCACAGUUCAAUCGCCUCAAGAGUAUAUACAUUGGACGCAAUGAGACGAUGGACACGGGGGAGGGCUUUAUAGGCUGUAUCUCGAGAGUGACAUUCGACGACCACUUCCCUCUGCGCCGACUGUAUCAGGAGAACAGGCGUACAAACGUGCGCUCGUAUCCGGACGGCGCUGAGCUCUAUGAGGACACGUGUGGUAUCGAACCCGCGACACAUCCGCCCGAAAUCUCUGAAACCCGUCCGCCGCCGACAUUAGCGCCGGGAGAAACACUGCCAACCAUUCCACAGUCCGCCUCUACCGGUGCUAUCGUGGGGGGCGUUAUCGCAGCCAUUAUUGUGAUAAUCAUUUUAGGUCUGUUCGCCAGCGGGAGGUUCGUCUCGCGACAAAAGGGUGAUUACGUGACCCACGAGGACAAGGGGGCCCAACACGCCUUAGAUCCCGACACCGCUGUCGUCAAAGGCAAGACCGGACCCGACGUCACCAAAAAGAAAGAGUACUUCAUUUGAAAGGGUUGUCCAUCAGAAUUGAAACACAUUUUUAUUAUAUUUGCAACACAUUUACAAAAUGUAUAUUUAAAUAACUGUUUUUAAUAAUUAGAUCUGUUUUGAACUGUUUUACUCUCUGAACAUGUUUUUUAUAUCUCGAAAACUCACUUAACAUUUAACUUUUGAUAAGAAAUCUUUUGCACUAUUUUUAUGAGACGCCAC